AUGGUUUUCAGUAACAGAGAAACUAUUUCUAUUCACAUUGGACAAUCUGGAAUUCAGACUGCUAAUACAACUUGGGAGUUGUACUGUCUCGAACAUGAAAUUGGCAAAGAUGGUUAUCGAGUUAGCGACAAAGUUGGCGAUGACGAUGGAUUUCACACGUUUUUCGCUGAAACACAAGUCGGAAAAUAUGUUCCACGGGCAAUAUUACUUGACACCGAGUCAACAGUCAUUGAUGAAGUUCGCAAAGGAGUCUUUCGUAGUCUUUUUCAUCCUGCUCAAAUGAUAAAUUCAAAAGAAGAUGCAGCAAAUAACUUUGCAAGAGGAUUUUUAACAGUUGGUCGUGACAUUCUCCCACCAGUUCUCAACACCGUGAGAAGAAUGGCAGAGCAAUCAAACAGUCUUCAAGGAUUUUUUGUCUCUCAUUCAUUUGGUGGCGGCACUGGGUCAGGUUUUUCAGCUUUACUGAUGGAACAUUUGAACGACGAAUUCGGAAAAAAAUGCAAAUUGGAAAUGUCCAUCUAUCCAUCGCCACAAAUUUGCACGGCUAUUGUCGAACCAUACAAUUCUGUUCUCACCACCCACUACUCCAUGGACAACGUAGACUGUUCAUUCAUCUUUGAUAACCAAGCGAUUUACGAUAUCUGCAAAUUAAAAUUAAACGUUGACAGUCCAAGCUACAUUCAUUUAAACCGUCUAAUAUCCCAGGUUGUGUCAAGUAUAACAGCAUCACUUCGUUUCAAUGGAGCACUUAACGUUGACAUGAACGAGUUUCAAACAAAUCUGGUGCCAUAUCCAAGAAUACAUUUUCCACUUGCGUCAUAUGCUCCAUUCAUUCCAAUUUCCGAAGGAGUCCAUGAACAGGUGACGAUUAAUGAGUUGGCGUCAGAUCUUUUUAAGAAUGAGAAUCAAAUGGUUAAGUGUGAUUGUGAUAAUGGAAAGUAUAUUGCAUGCUGUGUUCUAUUUCGUGGUGAUGUUCAACCUAAAGAUGUCAACUCAGCCAUAGCUGAAGUUAAAAAGAGGCGAAAUUUGAAAUUUGUCGACUGGUCACCAGCUGGGUUUAAAAUCGGUAUUAAUAGCAAACCACCCUUAGUUGUUGACGAUGGUUUGAUAACUCAAACUACACGAGGAUGUUCUAUGUUAGCUUCAACAACAGCAAUUGCACAAGCGUGGGCAGAUAUUGACCAUAAAUUUGAUAUGAUGUUCGCAAAGCGUGCUUUUGUUCAUUGGUAUGUAGGAGAGGGACUCGAAGAGUUUCAAUUUAUGGAAGCAAGAGAAAAUCUGGCGGCACUAGAAAUGGAUUACAAAGAAGCACAAAGUGAUCCAAGUGAUUGCAAUGAUGAAGCAUGAAUAUAAAUUGAAUUUUAAGCAAAAUUAUUAAUAAAUCUUUCUGUGAUAGUUUCUGAAAAUUCAUCCUAUUGAUAUUUAAAAUUUACACAUAACACAAACUUCAGUUUCUGUUUAUUAAAGCAAAUACAAUACAUGUCUAUCAUCAAAUUCAA